UUGGCCGUUCAGUUCAUUUCGGGCAUUUGUUAUGGUUGGUUGGGUUAACGCAGGUUUGUUUACGGUAGCAAAGAGGAGCCAUCCGAGCCCUAGGAGAACCGUACCGUGGUGAAAAAAGGAGUGUUAGGAUAUUACCGCCUAAAGAGUGUCAGUUCUACAACCCACAAAGCUAGGGCUAAUUUCCCGAUUUUCCAGUACCGGUAGAAGGGUCCUAGUCGUUCCGCUGUUGUAGUCGAAGUGGUUCGAAGGCGAGAUCAACGCGCUUGCAAUACGGUCGAAGAGAGGAGAAGACAGUCAGUUCAGUUCGGUUCAAAGAUCGCGAAAUUCGCAAUAAAUAAUCGCACCAGCACACUGCCAACUUUUCACAAUCAUUCCGCAUACGCCGUCUGUCCGUCGUUCGGAUAUGGUAGUCUGAGGGCAGUGUUCGGCCGGAGAAGAGCUUUUGGACUUGUUGUGGAUAAGUGUGUGGCUUUGCUAGUUCUAGCAACAAUAAUCAGCUACUUACUGACGACGACCGACUGCGACCACGACCGCGGUGAGGAGAGUUCAUUUUUCGCGAAUUUUUUGACAGCUGAACGUACAUACGAAAAAAGGUAAAAAAAGCUGUCGCGAAAGGAGAGCAGCUAACACAGCAAGCGAGAGCGCGAUGAGUGUGAAUUUGAUGAAGAAGUGAUAGAUAGAGCGCGCGCACAGGGUGCCUUUGCCUUGAAAGGUAGAUCAGUGGAAGAAAGAGUGCACGGCGGCAAGUAAAUAAAAAUAAUACCGUGCAGUGCUUUGAGUAAGAAGAUUGUGUGAUUGGGGCGAAUCCGUAUCGAUAAGAAACGAAACGCGCAAGUGUCUGUUCAGGUUUGUUUACGAUUUUUCCGCGCACUGUUUGUUUGUUGACAAGGAAAGGCUACACGAGCUGCGCCGUAAUCACCCUCGGGAGCGACCGCUGAGACGGGAAUGCUCCGUGGCUUUUAAUGUUUUUGUGGCUGGGUUGAAGCUGUGUCGCGUUUUCUUUUGCGAAAAAAAUUCAUGAAAACCUCGAAUGUGCUAUAGCUCGUUUCCUCCCGACGCCCUUUCAAUAAAAUUGUGGAACAGUGAAAACGUCGACAGUUAAGAAAUUCAACCCUCCAAUUAGUGGCGUGCCGUUUUCUUCGCUUCCCGGUUUGCUAGAGUAAAUAUGAUAUACUCGAGAGCCAGAGCAAAUCUGUAAAACACCGAUUUCAAAGGGCUUGGCAAUUAAAAAUUCCUUUAACCGCUGUAGAAAAUUACUAAUGGAAAUGUUUGGUUCACGUGGAUUACGUUUGUACGCGAAAAUGUCACCGUCGUCGGUGCUUAUGUUGUGGAGCACCACGCUGCUGCUGCUGCUGCUGGGUGGCUCGAGCACGACCGUGGAGGCCAAAAGUGUCGAACAACACGAACUGCUGAGCUGCGAGCACGUCAGCAAUUUUUUCUCGUCGAUCAACGUCACAAUCGCGCCGGUCACCAAGAACGAAGGCAAUGUUUGUGGCGGUGUCUGCUGUGAUAGCCAAGUGGAAAGCCAGCUUGAAGCAAAGGCGGCGAAAAACUUCGAACGACUAGUCAAACACCACACCCGGAGUCAGCGGGGCCACUGGGAGCAAACGGUGAAUCUCUACCGAGAUUACCUGCUGCAGCUCUCCCGUCAGUCCGAGAACAAAACUUUGAAUCUGUUCUCGACGGUGUACCGUAAAAUGUCCCCACUGUCGCGGGAACCGAUUCUGGAGCUGUACGAAACAAUCCGGAACCAUCUAACGUCGGACUCGUUUACCGACGACAUCGGUCUAGUCACAGACAAAUUCUUCCGAAAUCUGUUCCCAGUGGCCUAUCACCACGCAGUGGUGCUCGCCGAUAAGGAUGUAGAUUUUCACAGCGACUACAAGAAUUGUCUGAUCCACACCUACGAUGAUUUGAAACCAUUCGGGGAUAUUCCGCAGCAGCUUGCGAACUCACUAGUGACGAGCGUCGGUGCGGCCAGCGUUCUGUUGCGAGUGCUCCGAGAAGGUGCCGAAGUGCUGAACAAACUCGACGAGCUGGGAGCGGAAAAUCUCCAGGAUACAUGCAAGGCCGCUUUGCUCAGGAUGAACUAUUGUGCGAGUUGUAAAAAGUAUAACCACAAUCACGCGAAACCCUGUGCAGGACUAUGCAAAAAUGUCAUGAGGGGUUGUUUGAUGCAGUAUAUCGGCAUCCUGAACCAGGACUGGUACACGUUUACGGAAGCUAUCGUUCCACUUAUAAGCACCGUCCGGUCGAACGAUGGUAUCGAGGCAGAAAUCAAGGGCCUGGAUGGAAGAUUGUCCAGCGCCAUCAUGCACGCGAUGGAGAAUGGCCCGCAGCUGGAAGUAAAGGUCAAGAAGGGCUGCGGAACGCCUUCGCUAAUGCAGAACGAUAAUCUGGCCGGUUCGUACGAACAACAACUGCAACCGACGAUGCACAGCAACAAAUGGAUUCUAGCGCCGAUUAACGAGAUGCUCCAGUUCGAGAUGACUAUCGACAAAAACAAGGACCUCUUUCUGCAACUUUCGUCUACUCUUUGCGACGAUGAAGAUUAUCACAACAACGAUGAGAAUUGCUGGACCGGCACCCACUACGGCGAUUACACCCACGAAAUAGUAUCAACUACUUCCCAGAAGUACAACCCGGAGGUACCGUACAGCAGCACCACCGAACAGUUCCCGCGGGACAUCCGGCUGCAAAUGCUGAUCGAUAAGUUAAUUAAUUUGAAGAGUGCCGCCACCAAAGCUGUAUCGGCCAAUGCGUUCAAGAGUGACGCCGACAAAAUGCUAUCCGACAUGGCAGACGGUUCCGGUGGUUAUCGGGACUACGAAGCGCCGGACGAAGAAUCCUCGUAUGAGGAAAAUGGUUCGGGAUCUGGUGAAGGUCCCGAUUCGCGGCGUGGUGGCUUUGAAACUAUCAACGUCCAAACUGGAAGUAACUUCACACCGCCAGCCGGUAAAGCGGCCGGAAUCUCCCUCUCGUAUGUGCUCGCGUGCGUUGCUCUCCUGCUGUCCGGCCUGAUCAGCAACAGCAGGCACUAAGUGUGUAGGGCUCGGGGAGACACCCGCACCGGUUGUUUUGUUCUUCAGGUAAACUCAGCUGUAGAGAAAUGGAGUCAAGUUAUUCGUACUCGUUGUCUUCUUUCGCCUAUUUAAUGCUUCAUUCAGGAAACUCGCGAAACGAAUUCACGCACACGGCAGUUUCUACGUGUAAUAGCAGCGCGUGCAAGUCAGAUUGUAGGACUGUAAAAUUAUUAAACGACAGCAAAAAACAACAGAAAAAAAAUACUAGGAUAUAACAAAUCUACCCGUAGCAAUGUAAAUCAAUUGUACACGUAUCCGGCGAAUCCGUGGCGUGAGAAGCCACUCAAACUAGUGUUGAAAUUUGUGAGAAUACCUAUCCUGGAACGCAGAACGUUAGACGCCAUAGCAAGUAUCCGCAGAUUUCAGCUUUCUAUUCAUUGCUGCUGCUGCCAAAAAGCUCAAGCAAUAUGUUGAUAUUCUAAUAUGUUUUACUCAAACAUUCAUAGGAGGAAAGUAUGCGUGUGUACACUAGAGGGCAACUUGCGUUUUCGAUUGUGUUUUCUCCCAUCUAACUGUGUUUCGUGAAGUCAAAAUUGUGAGAGUGUACAAAUUUUACCAAGAAAAGAAAAAGCAAUCUAAUCUCAUUUCCCGUUCCGCGGAAGCUUUAUAUUUUAGUAAGUAAAUAACCAAUGUCCCCCAUCCCUCCUUUUCCCUCCUGGAGUUACGAGCAGGUAUCGCAUUCAAAACCAAGUCGCCAUAUUUAAUUAAAAGUUUAUAAUAGUUUAGUUAGGUGCCAGCGCACAGAAAUAUACGCAGUUUACUACUAGUAGAACAACUCAGCUUAACGAUUGUACGCCAGACAAAUGUAUACUCUACUUCGGAUCUUUGUUUUAUGCUGGUAGCUUUACCACUUCGUUUCAGCAACAGCAGUUGAAAGUUUAUGAAACGAGAAAAAAAAAACAACUAAUUAUCGUUAGUUAUAGAAAACCUGCCUGCCCUUUGGUCCCUCAAUCAAUGAUUAAGAGAAAAAAUGAACUAGAAUACCGUAGGUAGAACUAUUAAAUUAAACAAAACCCUAAUUUUUCAAUGUUAGUUGGGAAAAACUUGUAAAUAAGUAACAGAUAAGAAACGAAAAAAAAUCUAAAGUUUAUUGGUGGUUAACAAUAUCCAGCAGAAAGCGGCCGCAGCAAAUCGUUCGAAGUAACGAGAAAAAAAAGCAAAAAAACCCUCUUGUCGACGUGAAAGUAUUAGAAAUUUCUUCCAUCCUAACCUGCCUCAACGAAGUUUGUUAAUUCACUUUCUUUCGUUUCCACUUUUCCGACUAUCUACUUACUGAAACAAACAAAAAAAAUUAGGCAAAAAGAACCCAAAUUUGUAAAUAAAAACAAAACUAACUUAGCGUUAAAAUUGCAUAACACGUGCGAAACAGGUUUCUCUUCUUUUUCACCUUCGCUACUUCUUUACCCCAUUGUUACACUGUCCUCCCAAGGCGAUAAAAUUAACGUACUACAGCAACAAUAAUCUACCGCACGCCUCCGGCUAACCCCGAGACUGUCCUACUAGAACUAAUCCUACUUUCAAACCCGUCGUCCUAUGAACGGUUUUCACCCCAGUUCAGUCGAACUUUGUGAGUUUGGUGACAUCAAUAGUUGAGGUAACUUUGCGUACUCUUUCUUUUUAAAUCUUUUUUAAAAAUUAUUUGAAUUUUUUAUUUGAUUUGGUCCAUAUCAAGUCCCUUUGUAUUUAUAGAUGAAGCAAAAAAAAAAAGUCCCUUUGUAUUUUUAUUUGUUAUAGCAUAUUAUUUGGAUUUAAGUCAUUCUUUAAAACCCGCCGGCUUUUCUCGUCAUACUUGUCUUUGUGAUAAACUGUCAAAAGAAUGCAAUGCACUAACAGUAACUUUUUCCUGCCGAAAUUACCCAAAUGACACACUGUUGAAUCGACUUUUCUGUCCAAAAUUUUGAAUAACAAAACAAAAAUAAAGUCAAAAACCUUUUGUAAAAGACAAAUAGAUUUUUCUUUGAAAUUUUAAAUUGCUCAUGUUACCAAACGUCUCCAAACUUACAAUGUUUCUCUGCAAUCGGAGAGAGAUCAGCGUAAAAUCGCUCCAAUCAAAACGUGACAAAAAUUUUGCAAGCAUAUUUCAUUUCCCCCCGCCCAGAACGAUAGAAGUAAAAAAAAAAAACAAGCUAAACUAAACUUGUGCUGUGCGUGGAAAGGAUUGAGUCCCGAGCAGUGGAUUAUAAACCUACUUUACGAGAUGUGGGGCGAAAGAUCGAAAGAACAAAAAGAAAUGAUUGUGUUUGAACUAUCUGUGAUUGAGCUAAGAAAAAAAAGUUUAUAAGGUGUAGAAAACAAGGCGUAACAUCAUGCAAGAGAGAGAGAGAAAGAGAAAUAAGAGAGAGAGAAUGAUGAGGAGAGCCGAGCUACUGCAAGCCCAAACUAGAGAGUAAAAAGAAUACCUAAUUUAUUGUUAUAAAUGAAGAAUGUUGUUCCACCAGCCCAGGCAGCGAUGAAUCGUGUUUUCUGCAAGCUAUAAGAAUUAAAAACAAACAAACAAAAACACUAAACUAAAAACGUUAUCUUUCGCGGCAUCAACUGCACCGAAUUAUGUGCGGUGCUUUUCGUUUUGUCGUUUUGCGGAAACGAAUUCCCAACUCCGCGGGACGUGGUCUGAUUCAUCCCGUAUUUGGCUGCCAGUGAUAAUAUUUUUUAGCUUUAGGUGUUGUUUUCUAAAUUUAUUUUAUUUUCAAAAUUUGGCCACACGCGGGGGAGGGAGAUUUUUCGCGCAACAAAACCAACACCGCUGCGAACCUUUACUAUCGAUUGCGUGCAUGCCAUGAGACGGGACAUGUAAAGAACAACAAUAAAGGUAGUGCUAAUGUGUUCUCGCAAGUUGAUUUGUUUUAAACUGCAAACAUGGAAGGCUAUAGAAGACGAAAGUUAGUUGGACGUUUGUAUUUAUAUAAUAAAUACGCCAGAGAAACAGGAAUAAUAUAUUUAACUGCAGCUACGACAAAAAAAAACAUUUAAAAAAUUAAAAAAAAAACAGUGAAAAGGUCACUAACUGUUAGAACGAUGUAUUAUAGUAACUAGGUGAAAACGAGAAAUCAUUUCAGCAAAUAAAAGAAAAACUAAAAAGAAAGUGUUAUUUUGCCUAUGUUAAAACGUACAAUAGGAAGAUUUGAAGGAAGAAGCAAAAAAAACUUGUGUAAAAAUGUGAAGAAAUCGGGAAGAAAUAAAUAACCUACUAUUCAA